UCACGCGUUGCUAGGCUGCGGGACGCCGCGCGGAGCCAUGGCGGCCCGCGGCGGGGCGAGGGAGCAGCCGGACCCGGUGCAGCUGGACCGGCUGCUGGGCGAGCGCGUGCGGAAGGAGCUGCGGUGCCUCAGGCUGCACACCGAGCACGGCCUGAACCCGCUCAGACGCGUUCACACAGUCACCAAGAAGCCUAUGUCUUGGCACGACAAUAUCGAAGAGCCUGCAGAUGAAAAGUUUCUGAAUGUUAUUCAUCAUGCUGCACUGGAGCCAACAAAGAAAUAUUCAGAGCCACAAACUGAAAGCCAGGAAAUAGGCUGGAACACAACACCUUUGAUUGAUGUAGACCGCAGUGAUCGCAGACUCUACUUCCCACGCCGGAAAACAGAGAUCACUAAACUAGGCAGCUGCCGUGUGGCACCUUGAAGAAGCAGUAUGAGAAGUUGCAGUAGGAGAAUGGCAAAGCCACACAACGUAGACUGAGGCAGUUAAUGACAUAUAAUGUAUUAGACCCUGUUUGUUACUAGGCAAAUGUGUUAGAUUUCUGGCACCAGAAGACUACAAGAAAAGGGAGAACCCAUCUGUCCAGAUUUGCAGCCUGACAAUAGUUACAAAAAUAAACCUAUUAAUAAGA